GACUAUUCCCCCUCCUCGGAUGAAGCUUCAUUUUCCUUCACCUAUAAAAGCGGUUUACACUCCGUCCUGCUCCGUCCUUUAAGCCUUCAGAUAAUCACGUUGCCGACGUUGCCUCAUGUUUCUGCUUCCAAACGUGGUUUAUUACGCAUCAAACGAACAGCGUACUGAAUUCAAUUCUCGUAAAUAUGUCAAACUCGCUUGUACGAAAAAGUCUUGAAUUAUUAGGAUACGAGAAAAGAGUGAAAGAAGGGAAGAAGAAUAGGAAACAAAUUAAAUAUAAGGGCACGCUGGAUUUGAUUCCCCCGAAGCAUAGAAUUAUAUCCAAAAACGACAAGACAGAUUUACUCACGAUCCUCGGACGAUCUGGCAGGACAACUGUUUACGAGGCACAGAAAAGAUUAAGUUUGUGCGAAAAUCGUACCGAUGAGAAUGCUCGGAAACUUUUGAUGCUCUCCAAAAAAUGCAUCGAACCGAAAACAGCGAAUAAGUUAUUGGAAAGAGCUGUAAGGAAGAAACAUAUACCGAAGCCUAAGAAGAAGAAAGAAGAAGCGACUGCGUUCACCGAAGAAGAUUUCAAGAAGUUCGAAGCGGAAUACGUGGAUCAAUAAUUCGUUUCUAUACCAUUAAAUUAUAUGCUCAUAGCAUUUUAAGAGAAACGCUUUCCUAAUUAUUUGCGACUGAUAAUCAGAGUACAAAAUAAUUGUAUUACAGCUCUAAGACAAUUUGUAUGUUUCAUAUUUAUUAUAAAUCGUUCGUGAAAUGUU